AUGGAUCACUUGAACAACCUGGAGUCCAGUUUACCUCCUGAGCAAACACCAACGAAACAAACUAUUGACUCUCUCAAUAACGACCUGUCAAAGGAGUUUAAGAUCGCAGCAAAUGCUGUCACCAAAUUAUACAGGGUUGCUAAUGAACGAAACUCGUUGCUGAAGCAUCGAGGUUACUUGGAAUGCUUGGAGGAUAUGCUGACACUACUAGAUAAUGGAGAGCUUGCGUCACUCAACGACGUUCGACUAUGGGGUAUAAAGCAAAGAAGCGAUAUAUUGUGCAAUCCAUCUCAAGAGGGGAUGAACAACGGGAAAUAUAACUUUGAUUUUGCUCGGGGGAAUGGCAGGUAUUCACCAAAUGGACCAAAGUUCAGACUGUCGAUGCCACCUCUGAGUGUAGAACAGACUCACUCUAAUGCGGUCAAAAGCAGAAGGAUGCGAGUGAAGAUGCGCGAUACGACUAAUUCGGAUUCAAAAGAGCAAACAGGUACUGAAUCCAUAGGUAAAAAGAAAAGAAGCGUUACUAAAGAGUGA